GAAGGCGAAGUGAGUCAUCUUGGUAACACACGAUCUUUGUUGUAGCUAAACAGCUACCGCUAACGGGGGACAAAUGCAGCCUGGGCAGCCCUGAUCCGUCCCUCGCCUCGGUAUGAUGCCUGGAGACAGCAGCAUGACCUCCAUUGUUCAAAGAAUAGCCCGACAGGCUCUUGUCACAUUCAGGAGCUCUCCUCGGGUGGGUGAAGCGGCCGGGAUAUCUUUCCUGGAGAACCAGAGCAAACUGAAGAGCCUGAUGACGGAAGUGCGAGCCCCGGACCUGAAGCUGGUCCCGCGGAGAGCAGACGACAGCUCCCCCCCUCCGCUCCAGUACCACAGCGGCGCGCCCCCUGUCACAUACAUGCACAUUUGUGAGACGGACCACUUCAGCAUGGGGGUGUUUUUACUUAAAAGCGGUGCCUCUAUCCCUUUGCACGACCACCCGGGGAUGCACGGCAUGCUGAAAGUCAUGUACGGCAAGGUCAGGAUCAGCUGCUUCGACAGGCUGGAGCGGCCGACUGGUAGCCCGCAGGAGCAGCCCACGCUUCCCCCGGCGCAGAUGGGAGCUCUGCGGAGGUCAGUGCUUCGCUGCACCGGGGAGUACACAGAGGAGAGCGGGCCCUGCGUCCUCACCCCUGAUCGGGACAACUUGCACCAGAUCGACGCUGUGGACGGCCCCACGGCGUUUAUGGACAUCCUGGCCCCUCCAUACGACCCUGACGAGGGCAGGGACUGUCACUACUACAAGGUUCUGGCUGAUUCGGAGGUUCAUAACACAGAACAGAAGGAGAAGGAAGUCUGGCUAAUGGAAAUCUCACAGCCCCCGGAUUUCUGGUGCGGAGGGGAGCCGUACCCAGGCCCGGAGGUGUGCCUCUGAUCCACCUGACUGACAUGUCUGCUUUUCUCGGGUUGGUUUGGUUUAGGCACCCUGAAGUGUCACAAGGCCAGGGCUUUUGGACUUGGCUGUGAACUGGACUAAAUGAAGGCUCACUCUUAAUCCUUGAUCUUUCAGCAGCACGUGAACACAUUACAGGCAGACAUGAUUAAAGGGUUAACUUUGGGCUCUGUUAAGCAACUUUGCAGGAUGGGGGACCACCUGCUCCUUUUAGGGACAUAAUACCGCACAGAAGUAGGUGACCUCAUUGCGUUGUAUUGUUAUCAGUGAUCCCUGCUGCUGCAACUCAAAGGUAAAAACUAGUAAGUCAAGUUUCUAUUUCACUCCAACAGAAAUUGGAGCCCCAGGUAAUACAAACCAACAUCUUGUUUGGAAUUAUUCUGACAGCAGAUAGAUGAACAAUAUCAGUUUCUGCCACUUGAAAACUAUCUUAAAAUGCACUUAAAGGUUCUCUAUAUUUAUGUGGAAACCAAAUGAAACAUUUCAUCUAUUCAGUUUUUUAGUUUAUAGUCCUCAUGAUUCAAAUGUUAUCUAUGCUGCAGCGUAAUCUCUGUCCCCUGUAGUCAGCAGCAGAAGUCUAUUGAGAUUAGGACCAGCAGCAUCUCAGGACAUUAGUGCUGGACAUUGACAGCUGUAAGGACUCUGCAGAUGAAGCUUGUGGCAGUAUCUAGAUGUAAGAAUUAGAGCUGUGAUUGGCUCUGACAUCACAUGUUAUUUUCCACUGAAACCCCUGUGGACUUCUGGGUUUAUCAGGGGGAUUUUGUUUCAAUAAAGGUGGUAUAACGUUGUAAACACAUAGAUGAAACAUUUCAUGUGUUUGCUGUGGGGUCUAGAACCAGAAAAGCAUCUAUGUUGGAGAAGUAGCCUAAAUGAGACCCUGUGAGGGUUUUCGAAAAGGAGAUGCCAAGAAAUGCCAAACAGAUGAUAUACAGGGUGCUGGUGCUGCGUUCAAAGGAAGUCAGGAAAUCUUGGAUUGUUGCUUGUAUCAGUUGUCAAAGUUGGCGCUUCAAGUAUUGAUUACAGAAUAUAAAUAACAGAAGAAAGUAUCACACAGUAAUAAUUUUAAUAAGCUAUAAAUACAAUAUUUCAACUACCAGCAUUGCAUGAUCUUCAGUGUAAAGCUUGCUGACUAUAAGCUAACAGUAUAUAUUUCAAACGUUCAACAGUUGCGUCUGUUGCAUGAAGGAUACAGUGCAUGCUUAACUCAGCUGACACUCUGACACAAAUCUGUUCAGUUUAUAAUCUACAUGAGGGAAAUCCUGACUUCUCUUGGGUGCAGCAUUUAAAACUAGAGUGUGCAAACCUGAGCUGAUUUGAUCUGAGUCUCCCUGGACCACGGAGGGACUGUGUCCAUGUGUUUGAAUCGUCUUCCUGCUUCGAGUUUUGUGACUGAACUGAAUGAAACUUCAGGUCUCUCUUUUGGAGACUCAAAAAUAUCUAAAAACUGCAUUUUUUUUUGCGUUGUGAGGAGAGUCUUUGAAAAGUAGACUGCUGAAUGAGUAGGAUCCUCAGGGUUGUUUGUGAUUUGUAUUGUUGACAGAUUUUUGGGAUACAACUGAAAGAUGUGCACUAAAUCAGACAUCUUAGCACAAAUGUUUCAGUGAAAAAGGACAAAGAAGUUUUGUCUGUGUGGAUACAAAACAAGGAUCAUGGAAAGCUUUUGGUCACAGUUUGAGUUAAUGAGACAUGAAGGAUAAAGGUGUGGUUGAUAAUUAAAUCUUAACACUUAGUCGUGAUGACUUCCAGAUUAGAAUACAGAGAAACAUGCAGCUGAACGAGUUCUCUGCUAUGUAACCCAGCCUCAAGUAAGGUCAUGUUUCUCUCACUUGCGUGCCUCUCCUGAAACUGGAGAUGGCAUGAAAGCAAAGCAUUUAAAUUUAAGUAUUUGAGUCUAGAUUGUUUCUAAAUCUGAAUUGAUGCACUUUAAAUCACUUUAAUUUGUACAACUUCAGUUCUUGCAGUGUGGAACAAACACAUUUCAAACAAAUGCUCAUAUAAGCAGAGUAAAUGAUGUUAGGGAAUCUAGAGCACACAGGUCAGUCUACUAGCUGAUGACUCAACAACAGGAGGCGGUCAAUGUCUAAAUCCAGUUGUUGAAUGAAAGUAGUAACUGUCUGUAUUAGAGGUUUUCUGUCACUGCAUAUAAAACCUGCUGUUUGCCGAAACAUUUCUGCUGUAUUUGUCUCAGACAUGAGCUUUGAAUGAGAGAUUUUGCUGUGCGCAAAUGUGUUUAGGAAAAUUGUCUCAUCUUCUCUGAUAAAGUCGCCUGAAUCAAC